UUUUGCGCCGUGUGGUCGUAAGCUCAUAUAUAUUGCGAUUAUUUUCGUGCAAGUGACAAGUGUGUUUAAUUUAUUGUUUAAUGUUGUGUUGUGAUAUACUUAUUGGAUAAUAUUGCAAAAGUCGUUACUACGGAUGAUAUUGAAGAUAUUAUCUACUGAAGCAACGAUUGUUUAUCUGCAAGAGGCUUUAUCCAGAAGAGAUAGUAAGAGCAAUCACUCCCUAUGACAUGAUCUAGAACACUGAAUGGAAGUAUAGUUAAAACGAGAAAACAUUGAAUGAAGAUUCCGGAUAUAACAUAACCACAAAAGUUGAUAACACUUCGAAUUACUUCGACAAAUCUACACGAGACGUUAAAAGAAAACAUUACAAGGGUAAUAAAAAUCGUAUUAGUACUCACAAGUCGUUACUUUAAAUUGGACAUAAGAGUGCCAAUUAAGAACAAUAAAUAACCCUGUUACGUGUAAAACUACCGCAGACCACUAUUAUUAAGAAAGAUCCGUACUGAUGCCAAAAGAAAGGAAAAGUGGAAUCCACAAAAGAACCAUAACAGCCAUAAAUGAGAAAUGCAAAGAUAUAAAGGCAGCCGUAGAAGUGAAAUUCUACAAAGCAUUCCACUUAAUUCAAAGUAAUAAGGAUGAAUUUCAAGAUGGUGAUAUUAACAGAGCUGCAGAUGUUAUUUUGUUAAAUGAAUAUGUAACCUUUGAAAAGGUUAAAUAAGAAAUCAUUCAACAUUAAGUUACAGAUGUAAGUUAUAAGAGAUUUUUGUUUAGUUCGUGACCGAAUAACUGUGUUAUGUCGUAAUGGAAAGUGAAUCAGAUCUAAUACAGCACAGGGAUUUGAGAAAACGUGUACGAGAAGGUUGGUCUCUCAAGCGUUAAGGUGUGUCUGGACAAAUGUAUGCUGUUGGUAGCGCUCGUGUGCUUCAAGAUGACGCGUCGAAAAAGUGUGUGUUUAAAGUGGACUUUAGUUUUAUUAGUUGUUAUAUUUUGUCCAUCAGUGUGCCCGCGACCACAAGACUCUUCUCCGUCUUUGAUAGGCAGUACAACAAUAAACAUUGACAAAGAUAAACCAACAGAAAAUCCUAUAAGGGAACUCAGCACGAGAAAUCAAGAUGGUCAAGAAAAAGCGGAACAAAAACAACCGAUCCCAGCAGAAAACCAAGCAGAAAACCAAAACUCAGGAAGAGAAGUUAAAAAUAAAGCACCCAUAAGAGAGUCGAUUAAAUUUGUAGCUAAUCAAUUGCUACAAAAGUCUUCAAAUAAUACAGAUGAAGCAUCUAUUGUGAUUGACACAAGAAUACCUCCAAAAAUAAAAAAUCAAGUGACUAACAAGCACAGUAUUAAAACAAGAAACGAUGAUGGAGAUGAACCAAUGGAAAACGGUCACGCGGGCAUCGCAGUUCCAGUUACCAUGGAAGAUUUGGAAAAAGAAAAUAAAAUAAGUGAAUCUUCAACUUCAAAUGAAGGUAUUUCUACAUGGGUUCUACUGAGUAAUCCCACCAACUUUACUGGAUCUACGGAACCUACCAAAGUUGAGUCGUCUACUAAGAAACAAAAGCCAACAACACCGAAAAAUAAACUAAAGCGGCCACAAAAUAAAAAUCCAAUUAUCAAGCGUCCGAUAAUAGGCAGCACUAAUAAGUCUGAUUUAGUUGCGGGUGGAUCAGCCAUAAAUGAAAAUGUUUACAAUAAAAUUAAAGAUACAGUUUUGUCAAACGUUCAGAAAAAUAAAGUUUCUACCACUCAACGUACAACCACCGUAAGCAGCACGUCACCGCCGACUACAACUGAAGUUCUUACGACAAAAAAAGAAGUAACAAAAGUAGUUAGCACCUCUACAUUAUCGCCUGUUGUUAAAAUCACUUCCAAACCAUCAAAAAAGAAAAAUAAAAACAAACAUAAAACAACUAGUACUACUUUAGCUCCAGUUGAAAAUGAAUCUGCCUUGCUGCCAAUGGAACCUAAAGAACAAGAAAUUGAAUUAGAAAUCAGCACUCCCGCGACUACUACAAAGAAGCCUAAACGUAGUUCAACAAGGAAGAAGAAUAAAACAAAAAAACGCAAAACGUCUAAGAAACCAGAAACUGAAGCAUCUGUUUCAGAUAAUAAAACUUCAAGCAAUAAGACAAAAUCAGCAAAGCCAGCAAAAAAACCAACAAGUAUAACAGGUCCAUUUACAACCCAAAUUUAUAAUUACCUUUCGAGAGAAGUUAUGCCUGUUGGAGUGGGAGUCAUAGGUCUUGCUAGUUUGGUUGGGCUAGCCAGUUACUUCCUAUAUCCAUUUUCAACACCCGUGCGAAGAAAUUUCGAGGUCGACAAAAAAGAUAACUUGUAUAAAAAUAAUGCUGAAGAAUAUGCAAUCGAAGGUAAUGGACAAGCUGAAGAGGACAUGCUUGGAACUGUUCUUGCUGGUAUGCCGGCACACGCAAAACAAAAAAUUAACCCAUAUGCUGGCCAAACUGUUGCACAUGGAAAUACCCGAUACACUGUUAAGAAAGAACAAGAUAUUAGAUAUCGUCACGUCGCUGCAAAUCGUGAACCAAAUUAUAAUCUACACUACCCACAGCAAAAGACCGGAAUUGCUCAUGGUGCAGUGUACUCCAAACCGGUAAAUUAUAAUCCGCUUCAGUAUGAAACUAGAAAUAUUUACACUACAGAAAGUAAAUAUACAUAUGAUAAGGGAGCCAGUGCAUAUACACCUUAUCCUGCUGUCGAGCCUAUUUAUGCAGCACCUCAAACUGGUCCAUCAGCUGGAUCUAGCUAUGGAAGCGACGCAUCCAAUUCUGUGGUAUACGGAGUUAAACCUAAUUCUGACACUGAUUUUAGACCAGUGUAUCCUUUUGAGGGACAUAUUUAUAGUGAAACGACUAGUAACCCAGCGACUUACUCUCCAACAUCUAUGUACUUGGGCUCAAAUGAUGACUCCGAUGAUACAGAGAACAGUAAAUAUGAGGAAAAUGAAAGCAAUGGUGAGGAGGUUGAUAAUAAAUUUGUAGUUGGUAAUGUACCAAAAGAAUUAUCGGAUUCUGCUACUCCGGCCGUUGUUCCAGAACAUGGACCUAGAAAAUUAAGGAGAAGACGACAUGCUAUCAAUAAAAGAAGUGUUCGGGGUAAUAUUGAAGAAAUCUUAAAUGAUGCUAAAAACAGGAAAGAUAUUUUUAUUAGUAAUGAAAUAGACGAUUCUUUUGGUUAUGUAAAGCAUAUAUCAUCAUUAACCAAUGAAGUCUCAGCAAAUAAUGAAAUGACAGUACAACCUGAAUCUAAAGAUUUUUACACAAUAUACGCAGAACCAGCUAAUCCGUCAGUAGAUCAGAAGACAACAUCUACAGAUGUACCUAGCACGUUUAAAAAUGACGUUGUUGAAAGCGUGUCUACAGUUCCAAUAAAUAAUUAUCAAGAAAAAUCAACAACUGAGGCUACCAUGACUAAUGUCCAAGACGUAACAACAAAAGCUUUUAAAGUUUACGAAGUGUUCUCAACUAAAACCGAUGAACAAAGCAGUCCUAUAGUGAAAGACAUCACAGCACCGCAAGAAACAACAUCAGUUAAAAACAUGAUGACAGAAACGACUACGGAAUUAAAAUCAGAAACAACAUCAACAAUGCCUCCGUCUGUUUCAGCUGUUUCGGAACAAAAUCCACCAAAAAGUACAACGAAUUUUAUUGACACAUCAGACGUAGUAACAUAUCCCCCGCCUAAUUCAGAAAAUGGAUUCUUUUCUUUGUUAAAACGUUUCUUGGAAUUUAAAUACAGGCUUGGAUUGAGCAUACUUCAAACGACUUCAGAUAAUUUGAAAAGGUAUUUAGAAGGUACGGUACACAAUGUAGCUAAGGCAUCUUAGAAUAUAAAAACAUAUUUUUUUAACUAUUAAGAUACUCACCGAAAAAAUAUUUAAUUUCUUAAGUAUUUUGGUAUUGUAAGACUUCCAUUUUGAUUAUGUUGCAUCAAAAUUUGAAUAAACAGGGAUUAUAAGAAUAAAACUGUUGAUAAACAUUAUUUUUGGAGCUAUUUUAUAUUUUCAGAAUGUUAGCCUCGUUGACAUGAGGAAAGCCUACUGAAUUUAUAUUGUGAUAAAGUUGUAUUUUUUUUCUAAAACAUAGGUC